AUGGGAAAGGCGGCGAAGGGAGGCAAGAAACUGCCCAGCGCGCCCCUUGCCGACAAGAAGAAGAAGGCGAAGAAGAACCCUCUUUUCGAGAAGGCUCCUCGAAGCUACCGGCUGGGUGGUGAUAUCCAGCCCAAGCGCGACCUGACACGCUUUGUGAAGUGGCCCAAGUACAUCAACUUGCAGCGGCAGAAGCGCAUCAUGCUGAUGCGGCUGAAGGUGCCGCCUGCCAUCAAUCAGUUCAGCAUGACCAUCGACAAGAACCAGGCUGCCAACGUGCUGAAGCUUUGCAAGAAGUACAUGCCAGAGACGAAAGUUGCAAAGAAGGCUAGGUUGAUGGAGAUGGCACAGCAGAAGAAGGAUGGGCAAGAGGUGAAGACCAAGAAACCGCAGGUCCUGAAGUAUGGCCUGAACCACGUGACCACCCUCGUGGAGAACAAGAUGGCAAAGCUUGUGAUUAUUGCCCAUGAUGUGGAGCCCAUCGAGCUGGUGUGCUGGCUCCCGGCUUUGUGCCGAAAGAAGGAUGUGCCCUACUGCAUCAUCAAGGGCAAGUCUCGCUUGGGUCAGUUGAUUCACCAGAAGACCUGCGCAUGCGUGGCGAUCACCUCGGUCAAGCCCGAGGACGAGAAGGAGUUGAACAAUCUCGUGGGCAACUUCAAGGCGCAGUUCAACGACAAUGUGGAGGUGAAGAGGCGAUGGGGCGGCGGCAUCAUGGGCAUCAAGUCGCAGCAUGUGACGCAGCGCCGGGAGCGCGCCAUUCAGGCCGAGAAGGCGAAGAAGCUGGGCCUGUCGGAGGGCAAUGAGCUCUCGCGCAGGGAGCUCGAGCGGCAAAUCCAGGAGCUGCGGAGGGACAAGGUGCAGCUGGAUGCCAGCAUCAGGAAGAUGGAGGCGGCGCAGAAGCGGAUCUUCGGUGAGGAGGAGCAGCGGAAGCUGACCGCGCUGCACAGCCAGGGUGAGGAGAACGGCGACAAGGAGAACGGCGACAAGGAGGAAGAGAAGAAGGAAGAGGGCGAGAACGAGGAGAGCAGAAAACGAAAAAGAGACGAGGAGUUUGAGAAGCGAAAGAAGGAGGGGAAGCCCACCAAGUCAGACCCCAGGAGCAGAAACCUCUUCGGGAAGCUGUUGGGGCACCUCCAUUCUGCCAAAGACAGGCUGCAGAAGGAGAAGACCAGCAAGAUGGGGGAGCUGCAGCAGAAGGCGUUGAGCAGAGUAGAGGAGAAGGUGAACCUGAGCAAGAUGAACAUCAAGGAGUUCCGAAAGGGCCACUUCGAGAAGCAGCUGGUCGAGGAGCAGGCAAAGGUGGCAGAGAUCGAGAAGCAGCUGGAGGAGAAGGAGGUGCUGCUGCUGCAGAGACGGUUGGAGAAUCAUUAUUCCAUCAUGAUGAACUUCAUCCGCACCGAGGUCCAUCCCCCGAUCUUCUUCCUCCCCGCGAAGCACACGCGGGACACCGAGAAACAGUUGGAGGCGACGCGGGCCUCCAUCAAGACGAAGAUCGCCGAACUGCGCCAGAAGUUUAAGGAGGAGGCUCAGAGGAGCUCGAAGAGGGAAAACGGCAAGGCGGAGGCCGAAGGCGAGGCCGAGGCCGAGGCCGAGGCCGAGGGCGAGGAGAAGGAGAAAGGCAAGGAGAAGGACAAGGAGAAAGGUGAGAUGGACGUGGAGGAGAAGCCAGCAGGUGAUGGGGCUGAGAGUGAGAGCUCCGGCUAG